GCGAAAACAGCAGCAACCCCUAGUCGUCCUAUCACGGUAUAAAGAGGACACCGUCACCCACCACUACACCACUGUGUCAGCUCAUCACCACUACUACCGCUACGCCACAAUCCUCCUGCCUACUGCGCUACUCACCUGGCCUAGAGGGAUAGCCUUGCUCCUGUAUAUGACGAUUCGACGGGGGGGAGGUGCCGACCGUGGCAACGGGGGAUGCACGAGGGUCAAGAAGGACAAGAGUGCGAGGGAACGGACGGGAAGAUCUGGCGAGGGGGAUGAACGCAGGCGCGAACGCAGACGCAAUAAGCGGACGAAACGGCGCCGAGCAUUCCGGCAACGCCAGACAACGCGGCACAAUCGAGACGUGAUAAUCGCCGUGGGAUCGGAGAGUAACUGAGAGGGAAAGAUAAAGAGAGAGAACCUUGGACUAUCGUUGCGUCUGACCGCUUGAUACCGUUAGUCCGCAGCAUCCACCGGCGUGAACCGAGGAUGGGAAUCGUGAAGACCGCGUCGGAGAGCAUCCUGGAGGAGACGGUUGUGCCGAGCGAGGAGGCGAAUUAUUCGCUCCAGGGUCACGCCGAGGAAUUGAGCGAGAAUUUUCCCUAUCAGCUACUGAUAGCAGCUGGGGUGGCUCUUAUUGCUCUGGUUCUCCUCGCGGCGGUGAGUUUUCAAUGCUCUUCUACUUGGCGAUGGUUGUUAAACAUGACUCGACAUGAAAAUAUCGAGGAUACCGAGACCGAUCAGACCCAACAGAAUGCGAUUCGAAUCAGCCAUUCUCUUCCGGAUCUACAAUCGGAACCAAUCACUCAUGAAUAUGUCCAAGAGCAGAAAGAAAAUAAAAAGGUGUUGCGUCAAACCACUCUGCCCAUCGUACCAAUGAGACAUCAAAGCUUCCAACGUCAACUAUCGCACCGUCUUGAUUUGCCUAACAUUAAAUUCAGCAUUUGUAGCUUCGAAAAUCGCAGCGACUCUAGCCUUGGUCUUAUCAAGCCGGAAUUAUAUAAAAAAGAGCUCGUGAGACAAGAGAGCGCUGAAAGUUCCAGUACAACAGAAAUGGAAUAUGCCGGAAAACUACAUUUUGCUCUGCGCUAUGACAAGGAAAUUGAAGGACUUGUUGUUAAAGUUCUGGAAACUCGUGAAUUGCCAAUAAAAGAUGUAACAGGCAGCAGUGAUCCGUACAUCAAAGUAUAUCUGUUACCAGAUAGAAAGAAAAAAUUCCAAACGAAAGUACAUCGAAAGAAUUUAAAUCCGAUAUUCAAUGAAACGUUUAUCUUUAGCGUGUCAUAUGAAGAAUUGCGGGAACGUUAUCUACAAUUCUCGGUCUACGACUUUGAUCGCUUUUCACGUCACGAUCUCAUUGGACAAGUAGUCCUUAAAGGACUCUUAGACUGCACCGACCUUGAACAAGAAAUUGAAUAUACGAUGGACAUUCUCUGCGCCUUGCAGGAAAAAGUAGAUCUAGGAGAAUUGAUGCUGUCAUUGUGCUAUCUACCAACGGCUGGUCGAUUGACACUGACUGUAGUCAAAGCCAGGAAUCUUAAAGCGAUGGAUAUAACGGGCAAAUCAGAUCCUUACGUGAAAGUCUAUCUGCUAUGCCAAGGUAAAAGGAUAAAGAAAAAGAAGACAACGGUGAAGAAGAACACUCUUUAUCCCAUCUACAAUGAGGCACUUGUUUUCGAUGUUCCCGCGGACAACAUUGAGGAUGUCAGUCUUAUAGUAAAAGUGAUUGAUUACGACAGGAUUGGUGCGAAUGAAUUGAUGGGAUGCACGGCAAUUGGAUCGAGCUUCAUUGGGAUCGGUCGAGAUCACUGGCUAGAGAUGUUGGAUAAUCCGAGAAAACCGGUAGCGCAAUGGUACCCGCUGAUGGAGACCAUGUCUGGUCAUAUCCCAAAUGUAGAUUCGAACUCACUUCCAGUAAGCUUGAGUUGCUUAAACAGAUGAAGACAAGAGGCGGAAAGCAAACACUGCGGAAGUUCGCAAAUAUUGUCAGACGUCGGCUUGGACAUUGUCUCCUUCUGUCGUCAUUUAAUGCACAUCGCUUGACUGACUUAAGUACAAUCUCUGUUUCAAAGGGCCGGAAGGCGAAUUCUGUGCUUUGCAACCUUACCUCGUGCAGCAGGCAUAAAAUAAUAAACGAUCCAAUGUAGUAGAAAGCUCGAUCACUCGCGAAACAUAGGUUGCUCAAUUCCAACGAUCUGAUGGCGAUCGGGACGGAAACGAGAUCAAUUUGCAUGGCUUUGUCUUUCUAUCGAGUUAAUAUAUGCUCGCGAUAAAGUGCAGGCUGGUCCUGCACCAUUUCAAACACAGGUUGUUGUAUUCACACAAUAUCCCCGUAGAAUUUUCCUGUCAUACAUUACGUGAUGUUGAGCAUGACGAUAGCUUAAAUGUUUUUAGAUUUAAUGCGCGAGAGAUCAGAUAUACAUAAGUUUUUAUAGAAGACAAAUAUAAAAACGAGGAAUAUAAGGCCUUAUACCCUCGAUAAAGGCGAGACCGAAGAAGUAAAGGGCAAGAUUUAGAUGACAGAUCAACAUAUUAGCAGCAGAGUACAAUUGAAUACCGAUAGUAUAUUUCUAAGAUAGUACACAGAUAUCGAACGCGCGCGUUGGAUCUCUACUUGCAUCGUUUAUUAUUUUACGCUCUCGCUACAAUUUCUGCGCAAAUGUUCUAUUAACGUGAUACAUGUUUAGAUAUAAUGCCCGACCACGGGCACUAUUUGUGAUAAUGUAUCUGAACACUGGCGUAUACAUAUACACAAGUAACAUAUAUAACAUGAUUUUGGCAUUAUGUAUAUCAAUAGUCGCUUCGUACACGCAUGUAUGUUUAUAACUGAUGCGACUAUUUGAUUGUGAACUUGAUAAUAAAUAAUAAUAUAUAUUUAGAUCAUAUAAGGAAUUAUAUAUAUAUUGUAGAAGAAAAAAGAGCGGUAACGCGCGCGAUGCACAAAAUAAACAGAAUUUCCUCUUAUAAUUUAAUAUAUUAUAAAUUAUAAUCAUUUAUGUGUGUGUAUGCGUAUGUUUAAAAAUAUAAUCAAAACAAUGCUACAAAGAUUUAAGGUAAAUAAAUUCCAGCGAAAAAUUUAAUUAAUUUCUUUGAGAAAAUUGCGUUUGUGACCAGACAUAUAAAUGUCUUUAAAACAGGAAUAAAUAUGUGAAAGGAUUGUACUUUAAUAUUUUUAAGUGCAUUUAUUUGAUUCAUCGUUUUACAUAGAAUGUAUGUAAAGAAUCUGAUUUGCAAAGAAAUAUGGGCGUUUCUGGAAAAUGACUGAGUAUAGACAAAUUGAAAAAAGUUAAUUUUUUUUAUUAAAACAAAAAACAAAAUAAGGAAUACUCUU